GUAGUAAACUUAAACUUAUCUAUUAAUUUCAGAUCUAGACUUUGAUAAACUAACUGAAAGUUCACAUUUGCAGAUCUAACAAUAAGUGAAUUAGGUUCUUCAACAUUUGCUGCUUGCUUUUUGCUCACUCAAUUUUCUCAAUAAAAGUGUUGUAAAUCUGCAACAAGGCAAACUACCAUUUGAGAGCAAUUAUUAGCUUGGAAGGAAGUAAACAAAAAGAAAUUGAAGGCUGGUUCGUGGUUGGAGAUUCAAUGGAAAAAGAAGGAAAGUCAUCGGAGGAAAAAAGAAGAAGAAUCAGGAAUCUUAUUGAUGAUUUCUUGAAUGGGUUGAAGAAAAUAAAGAAUGAAGAAGAGUUCACUGCUUCAAAAUUGGAUGCCUUUGAAAAGCUAAGAAUGGAAGUGAGAUUCUUAAGAAUAUUUGUCCUGUUUGGGGAUUCAAGUUGGGAUGAUGACUUUUAUAACAAGAUGGACAAGAAAAUAGAAAAGUUGUGUGAUAUGAUUAGCUCAGUUUUCUAUGAAGAUAAUGAUGAAGUAAUUCUAGAGAAAUACAACAUGGAAGGUCUUGCUCCUCUGCUGGUGGAAGAGGUGCAAAGUUAUUUAAGUUUGAAGAAUAAUGUAGCAAUUAUGAGCUCAGAGGAGAAAAUGUUUGAAUACCUCUUCACAAACCUCAAAUAUGAUCUACCAAACUAUUCUUUUUAUUUCUUUGAAUCCUUCGGUCGUCAAACUGACUACAACAUUCUUCGCCAAGUAUUCCAUCAUCUGACAGAUUUCUAUCCUAUCCUCCUGGCCAACAAAACAACUACUACUCAAUAUCUCUUUCCUCGCUUCCAAUUCGUUGCCCAUACAUUUUUACAAUUCCAUUUUGAUACUUGGACUGGAAAGUAUGAACCUCGUUAUUAUAACUACGCUACCAACGCUUCCAAAUUCUCUGAAUACUCUUCCAAAGUCUCUUCUCUACUGAUCGACAUAAUCCCUCUUGAGCUGGAAGUUCUAUACAUUUCUACUUCUAAGCUCAUCAAAGAAUCAACGUCAACUGAAGAACUAAAACGGUUUGUCAAGCAAAUCCUAAAAGCAUCUCCAAGGAUUCUUCAAAAUUAUCUCAUUCAUCUCCAACUACGCAUGGUAGCUCUCAAUUACUCUCAAACUCAAAGUAUUAAUGUCAUGAUCGAGUUCCUAUUGAUCUUUCUCAACGAUAAACCAAAGCGCUUUAUCCACCCUGACAAAUUGAACGAUAUGUUGGCACAUGUCGCACUACUUACAAGGAAGAUAUCUAUUCUAUUGGAGGAGAGCUCUGAGAAUAAUAGCAAUGAAGCGGACUUUUCAGCUCCAGACUUGUUGCAAGAAAUUGAACGAAUGAAGGGAGAUAUCAAACAGAAUUUUUUGAAAGCCCCGGAUCAGUCAUCUCAACUUUGCUUUUCUAUGGAUGAUGGUUUCCUCUUCAUGAAUCUUCUACUCAGACAUUUAAAUGAUUUGCUCAUUUCCAAUGCUUAUUCAGUUUCUCUCAUAAAGAAAGAAAUUGGGAUGGUAAAAGAAAGCCUUGAAUUCAUAAGAUCGUCUUUCAAGAAAGUCAGGCAAACAUUGGAUGACAGUACUAGUGGAGUAGUUAAAGAUUGUUGGCUGCGUGCUUUAGAUGUGGCAUAUGAGGCAGAACAUGUCAUUAAUUCCAUUCUUGUUAGAGAUAAUGCUCUCUCGCAUCUCAUCUUCUCACUUCCGAAUGUCAUUGAUAAGAUCAAUCUUAUCGUGGCAGAAGUCACCAGUUUACAGCUGGAGGCUAAGAAUGGGGAUGACCCCCUUGAUACAAAGUCUUCCGAUGAGCCAAUUGAAUCAACCUCAUCAUCUUUUGUUGAGGUAACAGUAGGUCAUGAGGAAGAAGAAGCCCGGAUCAUUGCCCAGCUCCUUGAUGAACAUGAAUCCGAGCUUGAUCUCAUUUCGAUUGUCGGAAUGGCAGGACUUGGUAAAACUACUCUGGCCAACAAAGUGUAUAACAAUACAUUAGUUGCUAGUCAUUUCAAUGUUCGUGCUUGGUGCACUGUUUCCCAAAAGUAUAACAAGUCAAAGGUGUUGUGGGAGAUUCUUCAGCAAGUUACUGCCUCGGAAAAAAAAGAAAGUGAGGAUGACCUUGCUAAAAAACAACAAAGAGUAGUAGAAAGUGAGGAUGACCUUGCUAAAAAACAACGAAGAGUAGUAGAACGUGAGGAAGACCUUGCUGAAAAUCUACGAGUAGCACUGUACGAUAAAAGGUACCUCAUCGUUUUGGAUGAUGUGUGGGAUACUGCAACAGGGGAGAUGUUAAUAGCAUGUUUUCCAAAGAUUGAGAGAGGAAAUAGAGUUAUCUUAACUAGCCGAAGUAGUGAGGUAGGUUUGAAAGUUAAAUGCCGUAGUGAUCCUCUCCACCUUCAACUUUUAACACCUGGAAAAAGUCGGGAGUUAUUCAAAAAAAGGGUAUUUGGAGAGGGAAGCUGCCCUGAUGAACUGUCGAAUGUUGCACGUCAAAUAGUUGAGAAAUGUCAAGGGCUUCCUUUGGCUAUUGUUUUGAUUGCUGGAGUAAUUGUUAGAGGAAAGAAAAAGGAAAAGGGUUUGUGGCUUAAAAUUCAACAUAAUCUGGAUUCCUUUGUUUCUGCCAACAACAAUUUAGAGAUGAUGAAGGUUAUGCAAUUAAGUUAUGACCAUUUACCAAACCACCUGAAGCCGUUGUUGCUUUACUUUGCAAGAUCUCGAAAGAGCAAACGAACUCCAGUCUCUAAGUUGAUGCAGUUGUGGAUGGCUGAAGGGUUGGUGGAUCAUGAUAUCCCAUCCAAGUAUAGUUUAGAGGAAGCAACUCAAAGAUAGAUCUACAAGAAGAGUGAGCCUUUUUCUGUUAAGAUCAAGGUUUGCUAUGUGCAUGAUGUUGUGCACGAUUUUUGUUCAGUAAAAGCGAAAAAGGAAAAGUUUGUCAAGAUAAUCAAUCCAGGUGCUCGAUUUCAUGCUUCUGAUUUCCUACACCAUCGUCUAACCAUUCAUACUGAGGACGGCCAACUCCACAAAAAAUGUGUUUUGUUCAAUUCUAAAAAGUGUUCAGUUGGUAGUAAGCAUCUCAUAUCUUUGAAAGUUAGCGGUUCGAGUCUUGAGUCCAACUAUAUCUGUCACACAAGACCUUUUGGACUUGUUAGAGUGUUGCAACUGGAUAGCAUUGUUUUGGAAGAUUAUUUAAUGGAAGAAAUAGGAUCCCUAUUUCAUUUGAGGUUCUUAAAGAUUGGGACUCUUAAUGUAAACACUAUCCCACUGUCGUGGUUGAACCUCCAGAAUCUGGAAACUCUGCUGAUCAAUACGCAACGUAGGGUCAUUGUUUUACUGCCCGGAUUAUUGAAACUGUCAAAGCUGAAGCAUGUGAAAAUUGACAAGAGUUCUCUGAAGCAUGUGAAAAUUGACGAGAGUUCUUUCUUUGGAUUGGAAGAGGAAGAGGACAAUAUUAUGCAUCAACCAAAGUUAGAAGAGUUGACAACUUUAUCCAAAGUUUUAAUCUCAUAUACUGAAGCCACGAGUGAUGCUCUGGAGAAGUUCCCGAAUCUUCAGCACCUUGAUUGCAUCAUCCCAGGACACGGCGAAUGGUUUCCCAAGCUUGAUGUUCUUAAGAAACUUGAAUCACUCUUUGCAAUAGGCAGCGACACCGAAGAGUACUAUCCUGAUCAUCCCAAUGAAUAUCACUUCCCUGGCAGGUUGAAAGAGUUACGGUUGUCUUAUUUUACCAUGAUACCUGACUUGUUGUCAGCAAUCACGCUUCUGCCUCACCUUGAAAUUCUGGAGAUUUUCAACUCUGCUUUCGUUGAGGAUAAAUGGGAUGCAAGUGAGGACAAGUAUCAAAGUCUUAAGACUUUGACUUUGCGAAAGGUCAACCUUUCAGAAUGGGAAGUUGAUAGGGAAACUUUUCCCAAGCUUGAGGAAUUAAUACUAGAGAAUUGUUACAAGCUUACAGAGAUCCCUUGUGCAUUUGGGGAUAUAGACACUUUAAAGUUCAUUCAUUUAACAAAUAUUAACCGUGAGGUUGGAGAUUCAGCCAUGAAGAUAAAGAAAGAUGUUAUAGAUUUCGCAGGAGAGGACAGACUUCAAGUCCAUAUAUCAGAUGUGUAUGAAUAAGAAGAGGAUGAAACAGAGAAUGCCCAAAGGACUCAGGGAUAGAACAACAAUGAAGAAAGAAACAACGCAACACUUCCAUCUGAUUUCAUCUGAUUACUGCUUCCAAUAAACAAACUUGUUCUGGAGAUGUUUUAACUGACUGUUUUCUUUCAUGUAAAUUGUGUAUUGCUUUGCCUCAUUAGGAGUAAUUUGUUUUAUUUGGAGUAGUUAAGCUUUGAAUAUCUGUGUUGUUCCAAGACAUGCUAUUUGUUAGUUAUGAAUCUUAUUUCGUGUGUUAACUCUCUGAUAUGUAUAUGUCCCAAUUGGCCUAAAUCAGAUGAAGAACACUGACCAAAUGUUAUGAAGUUA